AUGUCGUCAGAGGAGAAGCCAGCGACGGGGCCGGCAGAAGAAAGCCAGGACGUUCUCGGCGACAUCGUAACCGCCGACGACCCAGUCUCAAAGAAAAAGCUCUCGCGGAAAGAGAGCAAGGAGCAAUUCCGCGCGAAAGCCACGCAAGCAGCAGCUCUCCACAAAAUCUUCGAAAAGGUUCAACAAAGCCAACGGCCUGUCGACCUCCAACGACUUCCUACGAUGAUAGGGGCCUUACCAACGCCGGACUUGGCAAAACCGAAAAGCCUCUCGGACCUCUUGACGAAUACCAUGGCGACAGUGCCACAGCAGGUCGAGAACGCUGCCGCGGCGGGGUCGGAGGCUGUUGUGAGCGGGGUGGCGGCGGGCGCUCAGCUUGUGGCGGACGGAGUGAAGCAGGUUCUGCCGUUUGAUGUGGAGGUCUUUGGAGACCUUGCCGCGUUGUUGAUGGGAGUCUUGUCAAGGAACGCAAGCGAGGUGCCGCCACUGGACAUGGGAGAGCUAUUGCUUUGCAUCGGGAUGUACUGCCAUUAUCAUCUGCAGAAACGAUUGGAAGAGUCCGAAUCUAAAGAUGGAGAGAACAACGAUCCGUUCGCUGGUCUCCCUAGAGUAACCGACCGCGAACCCUACGAACGAUUCAUGUACUGCAUCAGUUUUGCGACCGCCGCAUACUAUAUGAGUAAAGAGGAAAUCAUGGAGAAGUGUCCGACGAUCCGCAACCCUGAAUGGAUCAUAGAUGCUGUCUUUGAAUCGAGUGCCGAAUGUCCCGCGUUCUUCCUUGCUGUCGACCCCGACAACUGGAAGAUUGUCAUUGCCAUCAGGGGAACAGCGAGCUUGCACGACGCAGUUAUCGAUUUGAAAUUGGACUGCGAGCCAUUCCUCGGAGGAUAUGCACAUCAGGGCAUGGCACACCUAUGUCACAAGUUGAUGGACCGCAUUCUGAUUCAAGUGACAGCACUCCAAAUGAAGCAUCCGAACUUCGAUAUCCUCAUAACGGGCCACAGUCUAGGCGCCGGCAUAGCAUCGCUCCUGACUCUCAUGUUUGCUUCACCCAAGUACCGGACGCGAUUUAAGACCGUCCGUGGGAUCUGCUUCGCCACCCCAGCAUGCUGCACAGAAGAUCUAACGACCAUGGCGGAGCAAGUGGUGGAUUCCCUUGUGCUGGGAUACGACGUCGUGCCCACGUUGAGCGAGAAGAGCUUGAUAUGGCUUUUGCGAGAACUUCAGAAGUUCAGCGAGGAGAAUCAACACCGCAAGCUGUUCAAUGAGGCAUGGGACAAGCAGAUGCGGAGCGCGUAUGACGCGUUGGAAGCUAACCCCAGGACCAGGAUCCUAUUGAAUGCCUGGGAUAGCACCGUCGUGACCAGCGUGCGGAAUUCGGUUGUGACCGUUGCUUCGGUGGCACGGGAUUCCGCUGUGGCCGUGUCAACGACCGCUCAGGCUGCUGCAGAACAAGUCGUGGAGACGGCGGGUGACGCCGUAGUGUCGUUGCAGCAGUCCGGGAUCCUGCCUCCCGAGCCGACAUUCAUAAAGCGGCAUCGAAUCAUUGUAACGAGAUGGUUGAGCGGAGUGUAUGAGGACGCUCGAGAAACCUCUACCAUGAUCACCAUAGCAGCAACAUUCGCGUCGCGGCUUGUGUUCCGACGAAGAAGCUUGCGCUUCACCCUGUUCUCAAUUGGUAUCUCCGUUCUGGGACAGGUCGGGUACAAGCGUUGGAAGCUCCAUACGGCUGAGAAGCUCGACCGAGAUCUCGAAGAUGCUGCAUCAGCGACUGGCACCGACCCUCGCAACCUAUCCCCCGACCGAAGGCUUGCCAGGUCUCCCGAUCGCCGGCGACGCCGUAGUUCAACACCAAUGCCGCCCGAUCGCCGGCGGAGGAGCUCAACGCCACUACCGCCAGACGUUGUAGACGCCCCAGGGGAAGCCCGCGCGGGGGUGACCACGGGCGAAGACGGCGACGGUACUGCGUGGGACGACGACGAGGGAGAUAUGAAGGUGCUGAUGACGCCCGCGACUCUGUAUUACUUGCGUGAAUGGGUCCCGCCUAAGGAACGGACGCUAAGCAUUCGCGGGGCGAUGGCGGCGUAUGAGGAACACACCCAUCAUCGGACGGAAAAGCCGAUCGUCGAGGGUGCGGAUCUCGUUGCGGCGAUCAACGCGUCGACGGGUGGGGCUGCGGCGCCAGCACCCGCUGGAGUCGCUGUCGAAAGCAAAGUAGCAACCGAGGAACCACAAUGCGCCACGGAAACCUCGGCCGAAAGCCCUGCGGAUACCUCGGAUGCCCCACCCAUGAUGACCGAGGAGGAUGCUGCGUCCGACCCACCACCUGCUCCGAUUCCCAAGCACGUCCUCGUCAAAGGCAUACCAAACCAGUUUACCGAAAUUAACGUCAGCCUUCGCAUGAUCGAUGAUCACCUGCUAUCCAGCUACCAACGCGCGCUGGAGAAUAUCGCCUGGGAUGAUUUAGAGUGA